UGUAGUGGUGACGUCAUCGACAUGCGAUCGAGCGGGAACUCGAGUUAUAAAAAAAGGUCAACUGGCCUUUUCCCACACGUUUGCUCAGACGUGUUGAUCAAAACAUUGCACUUGCUUAACGUUGUAUUGAGAUAUAUUAAUGCGACGCCAUUAUUAACGGAAUCUGCGUCUGAUCUAGUACAAUAGCCUGCUGGCGUGAAGAUCAUGGCGAUGAGAUGUGAGGGCACGGUUGAAACUGAGAUUGAGGAGGAAGAAAACUAUGGACCUCAGCCUCUGUGCAGGCUAGAGCAAUGUGGAAUAGGUGCAAGUGACAUCAAGAAACUGGAGGACGCAGGUUUCCACACCAUCGAGGCAGUGGCUUAUGCGCCGAAGAAGGAGCUGCUUAACAUAAAAGGCAUUAGUGAAGCUAAAGCUGAUAAAAUUAUAAUGGAAGCUGCCAAGCUUGUGCCUAUGGGCUUUACUACAGCUUCUGAGUUCCACCAGAGAAGAGCAGAAAUCAUCCAAAUAUCUACAGGUUCGAAGGAAUUGGACAAACUCCUACAUGGUGGGAUUGAGACUGGUUCCAUCACAGAGAUGUUUGGGGAGUUUCGGACAGGGAAGACCCAGCUGUGCCAUACACUUGCUGUCACAUGUCAGCUGCCCAUGGAUCAGGGGGGUGGAGAAGGUAAAGCCAUGUACAUUGACACAGAGGGAACCUUCAGACCAGAAAGACUCCUGGCUGUAGCCGAAAGGUAUGGGCUGGUGGGCAGUGACGUUCUGGACAAUGUGGCCUAUGCUCGAGCUUUCAACACGGAUCAUCAGACGCAGCUGCUUUAUCAGGCGUCUGCUAUGAUGGCUGAGUCCAGAUACGCUCUGCUGAUUGUGGACAGCGCCACAGCUCUGUACAGAACAGACUACUCGGGCAGAGGUGAGCUGUCGGCCAGACAAGGACACUUGGGACGCUUCCUUCGCAUGCUGCUCAGGCUGGCUGACGAGUUUGGCGUUGCAGUGGUAAUAACCAACCAAGUGGUUGCACAGGUAGAUGGGGCUGCCAUGUUCUCUGCUGAUCCAAAGAAGCCAAUUGGUGGCAACAUUCUGGCUCAUGCAUCCACCACACGGCUGUAUCUGAGAAAAGGCAGAGGAGAGACAAGAAUCUGUAAAAUCUACGACUCGCCUUGCCUGCCAGAGGCGGAAGCCAUGUUUGCCAUUAAUGCCGACGGAGUGGGAGAUGCUAAAGACUGAGAACGCUCUGCAGUCGACACUAUGGAAGUGUCUCACCAGCCCAACCGAAUCUGAAAAACCUCUGGGAUCUGGACAGUACUAUUACUGCCAGGAAAGCUCCGGAAGUGUUCAGGUCAGACUGAGUCCAAGUCACGCUUCAAGCUGUUCGAGAUGUGAAAAUAGGAAAGAGCAGCCGAAAAUGAAAACCAUAUCAGCGUGGCAAGAUCGGUCAGAUACAACUAAUGGAUCUUAUUCUUUAUUCUCGACACAUUUGAGAAAUCAAGGUUGCUGUGUGUCAACCAAAACAAUUAGAAAUAUGACCGUCUCGGUCUCUGUCUUUGUUUCAGAAGUAUCUCUCGUGUGAUGUGUUUAAGGGACGGACAGAGUGGCAAACGUCCGUAUACGGGUAAACAUUUUUGCAACCGAGGACCUCGGAAGUAAUCUCGUCAUGUUUUUCAACUCUCCAAAAGCCUCGUGUCCAUUUGUCACCGUGUGUUAUUGCUUAAAAGAUAUUUGAGCAAUUACGUUGCCGCAUUGUCAUCAGCCAAGAUGUUCCAGCUUGAAUGUGAUCAAAUUUCACCCCCCCCCCCCCCCCCCCCCUCCAAAAGUAUGGCAAUGACGUCGAAAGCUUGUGAUUGGACGAGAGAUCGACAUGUCAGCAUUUACUUUCCGAUUCUGAUGCACAAGUUUGAAGAUGGCACCUUUUGUUUGAAGCCACCUAUUUCCCACAUAAGCUUUUCAGAUUGCAGAGCACAUUUCCAGUUGGAGGGUUACGGCUGCACGAUGACAUUUGGGGGUUUUGCUUUCAACCUGCGACGUAUGGUGCCAUUUCAAGUAGUACAGGAUCAGUGUUUGCUGCACAAAGUAGGUCAAAGUUCAGUUCACCAAUCCAAAAAUGUUCACUUGUUCAAUGUUCAUUUUUUUCCUAAUAUGUUGCUGACGGGCUCUUACCCUCAAAAUCUGCCAUUUCAUUUUCCCAUUGUUGCCCCUAAUUCAAACCACACUACUGCAGUUUUCACCCUACAAUCCCCAAAACUUUUUUUUUUUUUUUUUUUUUUUUUAUGGUCAAAAUACAAAAUAGCCCGAAGGCUCAAAACUAUUUAUUUUUGACCAAAAACAAAAACACACAACACAGCAUGACAGCAACAAUGGUGAAAGAACUUUGAUAACUUUGCAGUCCUCGCAGCUGUGGCUAACUAUAUUCACAAACUACUCUUAUAUUACAAAACAAAUCAAUCCCAUAUUAUUAAAACAAAAUGUUCCUAGUUAUCCAUUUUUACAAUGAUGUACUUUAUUAUUCAACAGAACUGCUUUGGAGAAUGUGUUUUAUUGUCCCGUAGCUCUUGUAUCUUUUCCUCUCGGCAAAGAUUUUUCUUUCUUUCUUCUAAUAAGACCAAGUUACUUCCUUCCUUGUUCUGUCAGUUUGCGCAGCUCGUGACCAAAAGGUUAGGGUAGGAACGUAGAUCGACCGGUAAAUCGAGCUUAGCUCCUUCUUUACCACAAUGGACCGAUGCAAAGUCCACAUCGCUGCAGGGACCGAACAGCCUGUAUCAGGGGGUUUGGUACCCCGUACCCCCGAAGCACCCCCCACAGGACAGUCGAAUGCCUUCUCCAAGUCCACAAAACGCUAAGACUGGUUGGUCAAACUCCCAAGCAUCCUCAAGGAUGUAGAGCUGGUCCGCUGUUCCACGGCCAGGACUAUAACCGCACUGCUCUUGCUGAAUCGGAGAUUCAACUUCCCAGCACCCCUGAAUAGACCUUACCAGCGAGGCCGAGGAGUGUGAUCCCCCUGCAGUUGGAAAACACCCUCCCACCACCCCAGUCUGCUAAUCCAGAGGCACUGUCCCCGAUGUCCAUGCGAUGUUGCAGAGGCGUGUCAACUAGAACAGCCCCACAACAUCCAGAGCCUUUAGGAACUGCGGCUGAAUCUCAUCCGCCCCUAGGGCCUUGCUACAGGGGAGCUUUUUAACCACCUCGGUGACCUCAGCCCCAGAGAUAGGGGAGCCCGUCUCAGAGAUAACAGCCUCUGUUUCCUCGUGGGAAGGUGUCGGUGGAAUUGAGGUCUUGGAAGUAUUCUCCCCACCGACUCACAACAUCUCAAGUUGAGGUCAGCAGUGCCCCAUCCCCACUACACACAGUGUUGAUGGUGCACUGCUUCUUCCCCCUCCUGAGACGCUGGAUGGUUGACCAGAAUUUUUUCAAAGCUGUCCGGAAGUCUUACUCCUUGGCCUCACCGAACAGUUUUUGCCUCAGCGACCACCUAAACUGCAUUCCACUUGGCCAGCCGGUACGGAUCAGCUGGCUCAGGAGUCCCAUAAGUCAAAAAGGCCCGAGAGGACUCCUCCUUCGGCGAAGGCAGGGACCUUGGUAAUCCGAUCCCCGGCUACAGAAGCUGGCUCUAGGGACGUGGAAUGUCACCACUCUGACAAGGAAGGAGCCCGAGCUGGUGUGUGAGAUCGAGACGUUCCGACUAGAUAGGCUCACCUCCUCACACAGCUUGGGCUCUGGUACCAGUCCUUGCGAGAGGGGUUGGACUCUUUCUCUAUGGAGUUGCCCACGGUGAGAGGCGCCGAGCAGAUGUGGGUGUACUUAUUGCAAUGAGAUUCAUGAGAUAUGAAAAAGGAGCCUCCUCGGGCGCUAAUAAUAAUAAUAAUAAUAAUUUCUAUGAGUACAAUAGGGUCUUUGCAGGUCACCUGCUCAGGCCAAAUCAUUUUUACAGAUACAAUAGCAACCUAGCAGGUCACCUGCUUUUUAGUGAGAAGAAAAUCAUCAAGCAGAACAGUUUCUUUGGGGACUCAUCAAAACUAUAAAAACAAGACUGAAAAAGGCUUUUUGAUGGAAAAUAAUUUAUUUACAGAUUACAACUAUAAAACACGCCGUGAGCGAUGCAGACUCGAUAUAGUCAAGACAAUCAAUCCAGAGAGGAAUACACUUAUUUCAUGGCAGUCCAAUGCAAAUGUGAUCUGAACAAAAAAAAUCUUACUUAUUAAGGGGGGGGGGGGGGAAAUCCCCAAAUUAAAAUGACU